AUGCCUAAUGAGCUAUCUAUAGAUCUGGACAGCGUCGCUCUAAAAGACGAUGAGAUCAGCGAGCCCCAUGAUGCUUUGGAUGCUGUGAAACGUAUCUUCCGACGGGAGCUAUCGGCCAUUCGUCGCGGAAUGUGGGAACAGGCCAUGCUUUGGGACAGCUCCUGGAGUGGGACCGCCUUGGGUAUCCCACAGCCACCAGAGCUGCCACCUCUCGAUUGGCUCGACCACACGCCGUCAACCGCUCCCUUUACGCCAUUACUUGUUGAGCGGGAAGUCAGCACCUUGACCGAUGCGGCACAGACUGAGUUGUUGAGGAGAUGGACGCGAGGGCGUUCGGUUUCAGAGCUCCCACGAUUGAAUUUGUGCAUUCAAUCGUGGGAGCUCCUCAUGACAUCGGCAGUGGAGGCCAUCACCUUGGUUGACACUGAGAGUUGCGGUGCACCGGUGACGAAGCUGACACCCACACAAGAACAGGAUGAGGACAUUUUCGAGGAGGAAAACUGCACUUCGGAGACACCGAGCACUCCCCCUCCGGGGCUAGUAUCCUUCAAAUCCGACCGACCCAGCAGACCCGCCACGACAGGAUGGGAACGCGAUGCGGACUGUGUGUGCGUGAGGAAGUCAAUCACCAUCAGGAGGGCCGCAAAGAUAAUCCGAGUAACGGACGAGCCUAGUGCUAUAAAGACCCUCCGUAAUUUCCUUUCUAAGCAGUGGGAGAGACUGCGACGUUUCUGUGGGAUGUACCACAACGCUGAUGCCGACACCCUCGGUGGGGCUCUACUGGAGCUCCUCUCGCGGCUCGAGACGUCUAAAAGUGUCCUUGCUCAAUGCCCCAUCCUCCGGAGCCUCAGAGAUCUCCUCACUGGAUCUAGACAGAUCAACACCCUUGCAGUUGUCGUGUCAUCGUCAGCUCUGGCUGAGAACUAUGAGAAGGUUACUCGAAAACUGUUAGGAAUGAUAGGGGAGGACAUCAGUGUCUUGAACACUGCGGAAGCACAUGGUCGGUCGGCCUCUCUCUUUGCAGUCGAUGAAGAUCUCCUCGGCAGAUACCGUUUCAGCCGGCCGUAA